GUGACGGCGAGCAUCGUCAGCGAGGCACAGGCGAGACAACUCUACCAACGAGAUAACUCCCAAACUUCCCGCAUCGACACCUGCGGAGAGAUCCUCAACAAUAAGGGAACCAUAGAGUACCACCCGAGUGGCCGCCAGCUCACUGCCUCCUUCAGAUGCAUGCAACUGCGUAAGAUCAAGCGAACUGAGAAGAAGGGAAACGAAUGUGUGGUGAUGGACAAGAAGUUCGCUCUCCUCUUCCAGACAUCCUUCAAAAUCGCUGGAGAUGUCCCUGUGGAGGUCAGUUGA